AUUAUUAUACAGCAGUCAAAAUCAAAAUUUUACUAUUUAGAAUUAUGAAACCAAAGUCGUUGAAUGCAUCCUACAAUUGAGUCUUUUUGCCCAAAGUCUAGCAAUCAGGCUUUUAAAUAUUAAUACGGAAGGAAAAGAAAUCAAUGAUAUUAUGCAAGUCAUGUAUGGGGUACAAUUUUCCAAAAUAAUAUGCUUCGGCUAAUCUACACAGCUCCUUGGUGUGUUAUGAACGAGUAUGAAUUCUGAAUUCUGCGCCCGGGGACAGAUGCCCCCCUCUAGCUACGCCCCUUCUUCGAUCGAUAACUCCGUUCAUUUCCUAUUUAUCAUCUCUUUCGCCAAACACAAUUUUAGUGCAAAACUGGUAUACCAGAAAGUGCUUAUUAAUGUUAUGCCAAAGGCCUCAGAGCACAAUGCCAAAUAGAGGUCAAAGUUGAUGCCACCAGCGAUGUCCGAUGAGUCACUAAGGAUGUAUGGAUUAGAUUGCAUCAAAUACCUAAAUAUUUUCAAGCCCAGUGAUGGCUUGUUGCAUGAGCGAUAAAGCAAAAGAACAAAAACGAAUUAACCGGGAGAUUGAGAAACAGCUGAGGAAUGAUAAGCGGGCUGCUCGGCGACAACUUAAACUUCUGCUGUUAGGUACAGGAGAAUCUGGAAAAAGUACUUUCAUAAAACAAAUGAGAAUUAUUCAUGGUUCUGGAUACUCAGAUGAAGACAAAAGGAGUUUCAUUAAACUAGUUUAUCAAAAUAUAUUUAUGGCUAUGCAGAGCAUGGUUAAAGCCAUGGAACUACUUGAAAUUGAAUAUAAAGAUCCUGCAAAUUAUGAAAAUGCUCAACUUAUUCGAAGUGUUGAUUUUGAAACAGUCAUUGCAUUUGAAAGUCAGUUUGUUAAUGCAAUCAGAGCAUUAUGGAAUGAUACUGGUAUUCAAGAAUGUUAUGACAGAAGGAGAGAAUACCAGCUCACAGAUUCAGCCAAGUAUUAUCUUAGUGAUUUGGAGCGAAUUGCACUUCCAGAUUACUUGCCAACACAACAGGAUAUUCUCCGAGUAAGAGUUCCAACUACUGGAGUAAUUGAAUACCCUUUUGAUUUGAAUUCUAUCAUAUUUAGAAUGGUGGAUGUUGGGGGACAGCGUUCUGAAAGACGGAAAUGGAUUCAUUGUUUUGAAAAUGUCACAUCUAUAAUAUUUUUAGUUGCCUUGAGUGAAUAUGAUCAAAUAUUGUUCGAAUCAGAUAAUGAAGCACUAGUAGGCUUUCCACUACUACAGUCAAAAGUCGUUAAUCCGGAUUCGUCGGGACUUCAGCGAUUCUGGAUUAUCGAUUUUUCCGGAUUAUAGAUCAUCAGUUUAAAUCUG